UUUGGAAGGUGAACGAUCAGAUACCCAGUUGAUCCUAUCCUUCUUUUUCUCUGUGAUAGAGAAGGUACAGUGCAAUGGCGAUUACGCGAAAUGGGUCAUCAAGCUUUUGCAAUCAAUCAAACGCUUUACUUAGAAAGAAUUUAACUUAUCAGAAACGGAACAAGAAGUCCAAUUGCCGUAUCAUAUUAUUUCCAGUUGUUGUGUGUGUGCUGCUUGCUAUUCAAGACUAUGUAGAGAAAGAGAUGAGUUCUUCUCAUGCUGAUGUGCCCCCUAACAUUCUAAAUCCACCUGAAAUUCCUCCAUAUCUACUAUUACCCGAUAAUACAUUUCGUGCUGUGAGAGAUAAUUCUGAUUCAUUUGGAGACCUACCCGAUUCGUCCUGCAGAAAUGACAAAACAUGUCCUGUUACUGUACUUGUUUCGGGGCUUAACAGAUCGUUUGGACUUGAUAUGGCUGCGAAUAUUUUCAACUCAUCUUUCCAUUUGAAUGGCUCCAAGGAUAUUCUAAUGAAUGGAGUGUUUGGGAUGGAUAAUGCGGGCUUCAGUGGUGAUGAAAUUCGAAAAAUGGCUUAUAGGGUUCAAGCUUUCUGUAGUCAAAACUCUACUUUAGAUGGUUCUAGUGAAGGAGAGAACAAUUGCCUUCGAGCUCUAAGCCUGUGGCGGAAUAGCUCAUCUGAAAUCAAUAAUGAGUUGUUCAAGGGAUAUUUCAAUGGGAAUGGAGAUGGAAAAAUAAAUGAAUAUGUUGCAGUUUCAGGAUAUUUCAAAUCCAUGUUUCUAUUUAAAACAGCCUAUGAUUUCAUGAAUUCAACAAAUGACAACUUCGAUAUCAACAUAUAUUACAAUUCAACCUCGUAUAACAACAAUGAUAAUGAUAAUAGCAUUGGGGAACCAGGAAUUGGCACCUUAGUCAAUUUGGCAUCUAAUGCCUAUCUCGAGCAUUUAAAUGGGUCUGGAGUGAGGAUGAUUCUUGAGUUCCUCAAAGAAAUGCCUAUACAUGGAACAGAGCCAGAUAUUGAACAUGCUUUUCCUGAACUUCGCCUAAUCUUAUUUCUAUGGGUCAUCUUGCAACUAUUCCCUGUUAUGCUGGAAAGUUUAGUUUAUGAGAAGCAGCAAAAUUUAAGAAUAAUGAUGAAAAUGCAUGGUCUUAGUGACGGUCCUUAUUUAGUGAUCUGCUAUUGUUACUUUUUCCUUCUGUCAAAUGUUUACAUGUUAUUAUUCUGGGGAUCAUGUAUUUCACUAGGGCUGGAAUUCUUCAAAUUGCAUUCCUUUACUUUACAGUUCGUGUUUUAUUUUCUCUUCAUCAACCUCCAAAUUGCCUUUACUUUCCUAUUUGCUGUGUUUUUCUCGAAAGUGAAGACUGCUUCAGUUAUAGCAUUUACGAUGGUCUUUGGGACAGGCCUCCUUGGAUUAGCUCUUUUUGCACCCAAAAUAGAUGAUCUAUCAUUUGGAAGAACUUGGAUAUUUGCUUUGGAGUUAUAUCCUGGAUUUUCUCUAUUUCGUGGGGUAUACGAAUUCUCAGAGUAUAGUAAACAAGCAAAAUUUAUGCACGGUACAAGAGGAAUGAUGUGGGAAAAUUUAAGUGAUGAAGGUAAUGGCAUGAAAGAAGUCCUUGUUAUCAUGUUUGGGGAGUGGAUUAUUUUUCUUCUUUUAGCAUACUACUCUGGAUUAGUUUCAUCAUCGGGGUCUGGUACUAGAAAGGGUCCUCUGUUUUUCUUAUCUUGCCUCUUCAAGAAGGGGAAUUUAUCUUCAAUGUCGAGCAAUGCUACGCAAGAGGAGAAAUUUGAUAUUGCCCAAGAGAGGGAAAGGGUCGAGCUGCUUGUGCAAGAACGUAAUACAACAUAUGCCAUGAUUUCAAAUAACUUGAGGAAAGUUUAUUCAGGAAAGGAUGGAAACCCUGAUAAAUUAGCUGUUAAAGGACUAUCCUUAGCUUUGCCUCGAGGAGAAUGCUUUGGCUUGCUUGGUCCUAAUGGUGCUGGGAAAACUUCUUUCAUCCAGAUGAUGAUUGGGCUGACUGAACCGACCUCUGGCGAUGCUUAUAUUGAAGGGAUGAGUAUAAGGACCGAUAUGACUAAAGUAUAUACAAGCAUGGGCGUUUGUCCACAGCAUGAUCUACUUUGGGAAUCCCUUACGGGAAGGGAACAUCUUCUGUUUUAUGGUAGAUUGAAGAACCUUGAAGGUUCUGUCUUAACUGAAGCAGUUGAGGAAUCUCUUCGGAGUGUCAACUUGUUCAGUGGAGGUGUUCCGGACAAACAGGCUGGGAAAUAUAGUGGCGGUAUGAAGCGUAGAUUAAGUGUCGCCAUUGCAUUGAUUGGAAAUCCUAAGGUUGUUUAUUUGGAUGAGCCGAGCACUGGAUUGGACCCUUCGUCGAGGAAUGCGUUGUGGAAGGUCAUAUUGAAUGCGAAGAGAAACCGAGCUAUUAUACUUACUACUCAUUCCAUGGAGGAAGCCGAACACCUUUGUGAUCGUGUUGGUAUAUUUGUCGAUGGUGCAUUGCAGUGCGUAGGAAACGCAAAACAGUUGAAGGCUAGAUACGGGGGAUUCUACAUUUUCACAAUAUCGACAUUAGCUAGACACGAUCAAGAUGUCUUGACCAUGGUCCUACAAUUAUGUCACAACGCGGUGAGGACAUAUCAUCUUUCGGGUACCCAUAAGUUUGAGCUUCCGAAAGGGCAAGUUAGACUUGCUGAAAUAUUCGAGGCAGUUGAAGAAGCGAAGACAAGGUUCCCGGUUCAGGCAUGGGGGUUGGCCGAUACGACAUUGGAAGAUGUAUUUAUCAAGGUUGCUCGAGGGUAGAAAUUAUAUGGAUUUUUACCUCUUGGAUGUUUGAUGGUAAUUUAUUCUCUAUGGGGUUGAAAUUGUUAACAUAAUAA